UUUACGUUUAAAGUGAAGCUGAAGCCCAUCAUCGCCGCCGGACUGGUUUUCUACCGCUGUACUCUCCGCCGACUCAACAUUCAACCACUUCACUCAAUCUUCCGUCUCUUUCACUACUCUCCAUCAACUCCGCCACCGUCAAAUUCAUGGCAGUUCAAUGUCUCUCUCUCUAACUUUCCGCAGAUUUUCAAAUUUCUCAGCAUUCCCAGCUACCAUUUCCAAUGCCGCCUGUCAGAUUCAACGAUCCUUGGGACGAGAAGGACGAAGUUUCAGAGGGAAAAUGCGCGUUCCCCGUUGUAGCUCUCUGCCCUUGUCUCGUAUGUUUGAUUCUCGUUCUCAUGGUAGUUUUCAUUCUUCUCUUUGUCAAAUUCCAUUUAUAUUGCCACACGCCUCUUCAUUCUUUGUUCCUCAAGAAACAAUGUUGAUUGCUAUGAGUUCCCGCACGAUUAAUUUCAGAAAUCCCCCUUUCCCCUGUUUUGAUUUACUAGUUAGAGGCUUUUGCGAUCGGAAUUCGGAUUCGGAUUCUGAAAUUGAACGUGAGAUUAGGGAGGAUGAUGAUCGUGAGAGUGAAUCUAGGGCAAAUUCGAUCGAAGUUGAUCGUGUAUGCAAGGUGCUCGACGAAUUGUUUGCUUUAGAUAGAAAUAUGGAGGCUGUUCUUGAUGAGUGUGGUAUCAUAUUGUCUCACGAUCUGGUUUUGAAUGUCUUGGAAAGAUUCAAACAAGCUCGAAAACCUGCAUUUAGAUUCUUCUGUUGGGCUGCUCAUAAACCAGGAUUUUCCCAUGAUUCCAAAACUUACAAUAUGAUGAUGACAAUUUUGGGGAAGACGAGGCAGUUUGAAACCAUGGUUUCAUUGCUUGAAGAAAUGGCUGCAAAAGAGCUUUUGACAAUGGAAACUUUCACCAUUUGUUUCAAAUCCUUUGCAGCUGCAAAAGAGAGAAGGAAAGCUAUUGGGAUCUUUGAAUUGAUGAAGAAGUAUAAAUAUAAAGUUGGUGUAGAAACUAUAAACUGUUUGCUUGAUAGUUUAGGCAGGGCAAAGCUUGGUAAAGAAGCUCAAGCCGUUUUCGAGAAGUUGUGUGGUCGGUUUACGCCGAAUUUGCAAACAUACACGGUUUUGUUGAACGGUUGGUGUCGGGUGAGGAAUCUAAUGGAGGCUGGGAAGAUAUGGAAUCUGAUGAUUGAUGAAGGUUUUAAGCCUGAUAUUGUUGCUCAUAAUACCAUGCUUGAAGGUUUAUUGAGGUGUAAGAAGAGGUCAGAUGCUAUCAAGAUGUUUGAGGUUAUGAAAGCGAAAGGCCCGUCUCCUGACGUUAAAAGCUACACGAUCUUGGUUCGAGAUUUCUGUAAACAAAACAAGAUGAAAGAAGCGGUUGAGUAUUUCGAAGAAAUGCAGAGGGCGGGAUGUCGACCCGACGCUGGAAUCUAUACAUGUUUGAUCACAGGGUUUGGGAAUCAAAGAAGAAUGGACAUGAUUUAUGGGAUACUAAAAGAGAUGAAAACAAAUGGUUGCCCACCUGAUGGGAAGACCUAUAAUUCUCUGAUCAAGUUGAUGACGAACAGGCGAAUGCCCGACGACGCUGUUCGGAUAUACAACAAGAUGAUUGAAAGCGGCAUUAAACCAACAAUCCACACGUACAACAUGAUGAUGAAAUCCUACUUUCAAACAAGGAACUACGAAAUGGGUGUUUUUGUUUGGGACGAAAUGAAGCAAAAGGGGUGCUGCCCGGACGAUAACUCGUAUACCGUGUUCAUCGGAGGGCUCAUAAGUCAUGGACGAUGCAGUGAAGCAGGUAAGUAUCUUGAGGAAAUGAUCGAGAAAGGAAUGAAGGCUCCUCAGCUUGAUUACAACAAAUUUGCUGCUGAUUUCUCUAGAGCUGGAAGACCUGACAUUCUUGAAGAAUUAGCUCAAAAACUGAAAUUCUCUGGUAAAUUUGAAGCAUCUAAUGUGAUUGCACGAUGGGCUGAGAUGAUGAGGAAGAGAGUCAAGAGAAGAACUCCUACGAACAUUGUCAAUGCCGAUCAUAGCAGCCGACUGAUACAUGAUGAACACUAUUUUUCAGUCCGUCCAUGAGCGGGAAAACUCGAACCUUUGACCUGCCAAUCGACGGUAUAUACCUACGUCGACGUCGGUCGGGCUAUGCUCUGGUUGAUUAGUCUAUCCAUUGAGUACUGUAUUUUAACAGCAGACUGUAAAUUUAUUAGAAUUUCAGCUUGGUUUAUUUCACAUCAGUUUGAUAUUAAUUCUGU